UCACUCGUUCCGCUCGUUCGUUCAUUCAGCUUUCUCUUCGUUUUGUGACGUAUUGAUUGAAGGCUUGUUCAAAAUUAUUUAGGUUUUUUUUAAAUAAAAAUAAGAGUAUAUUUGUUUUAAAAUAAAUUAAAUAUAAUAUAUAAAAUUACAUAGUCCAAGGUUGACAACACAAACAUGAGUUCUAACGGAACGCGGGUGUACGUCGGCGGUCUAGUCGAAGGCAUCAAGAAGGAAGACCUAGAGAGGGAAUUCGACAAAUAUGGAAAGCUAAACUCUGUGUGGGUUGCAUUAAAUCCACCGGGAUUUGCAUUUAUUGAAUUUGAGAACCAGCAAGAGGCGGAAGAUGCUUGCAGUGCCAUGAACGGCACGGAAAUGCUAGGAGCUACAUUAAAAGUUGAGCUGUCGAGAAAACGAGAUGGCCCUCGUAGGAACGGAGGAGGUGGUGGCUUCAGAGGAGACCGCGGUGGCGGUUUCGGCGGCGGGAACCGCUCGUACGGCGGCGGCGGCGGCCGCGGAGGCUCCAGGCCCUACCAACCCUACGGAGACGGCGGCGGCCGCGGCGGUGGCCGGCCAUACAACCGCGAGGGCGGGCGCGGAGGCGGCGGCGGCGGUGGCGGAUACGGCUCAGGGAACGGAGGAGGCGGCGGCGGCGGUGGCUUCAGAUCCAGAUCACCGCUGUCUCGAUUUUAAUUAGAUUUAUUUGUUAGGAUAGGUAUUAGUGUUAGUUUUAUCUGAAGCCUUCCAAGUUCUAAAUUCAGUGCCUGGUUGUACUAGCUAUUGAAUUCUAGGAAGAGUUCUGUUAUGCAAACCCUGGGAAUUAGAGCUUCUUGGACUUUGAUCUCGUCAACCACAUUCAUCGAGGUGUAACAGAAGAACAAUCUUCAGUGGAUAUUUAACAUAUAUUACCUAUAAUUAAGUCUCUUUACUCGUAAAUAAAAAACAAAAACUAUUCAGUAAGUUA